UAUGACUCGGACCCGUCGUGUGUCCGCAUCAGAGGCGGACUUCAAUUUAACAGGAUCUGCUUUGCAAGCCAGCAAAGGUCCCUUUUGAAAAUGAGCAACUUGACCUCUGAAACAGAAAGUGCGGAUAAGUCCGAAGCACCGUCAACUUCUCCACAGCAAUCUACAGGAAAACAAUCUCGAUUUCAAGUCCCUGGUGGACUUUUCUCGUCAUUUCAAACUAGACAGCUACUUGGAAACGUAUCAAAUUCCGUUAAUGCGUUUUCGCAAACCUUCCAGCAAAAAGCGAAAGAUCUUCCCUCGUCGUGGAAUUCUAUAUCUGAAAAGUUACAACAUCUGCCAACAGAUAUAGCGCACUUACCACAGAGCUUUGAAACAGAAAGAGACCAAUUUGUUAAAAGUAAAUCAAACACAGAAAAGACUGCUCGAAAAGGAAGUGAACAUGUGGCUGCUUGGGUUGGAUUUGGUGAAUACGAAGAAAUAUUAAAGAGCAAGAUUCUGAGCUUAUCAAAGGAUAGGCGUAACUUUCUCAUUGACCCACCAGAAGGCGCUGCUUACCAGUUUGAUCUAGGUAUCUAUGGUCCAGUAGCAGCCGCGACGCUCAAAGAAGAUCCCAAUCUGUCGAAGAUGCGCUUUGAGCUUGUGCCUAGAAUAAUCAAAGAACCUGGCUUUUGGCAUAACUACUUUUACCGCGUUAUGCUAGUGAAAAAAUCAGUAUUUGAUGGAGACGAUGGCAAUUGCGAAGACAUAUACAAAGGAAAUGAUGUGGAAGAGGUACAUCAAAGGAUCUGACAAUUGUGUGCUUUGUUCGACUCAUCCUAACAUAGGAUUUAAACUCGUUUAGGAGAAGAAGGAAGACGUCUUAUUUAAUUUCAACGAUGUGGAAGGCGAUCAAGAAAUGGAUGAUGCUAAGGAUGCUUCCGGUACGUAAAGUGUAAU